CAAGGACUGUGCAAAGUGGCAUGAACCCAUGGAUUCUUAACCGGUUCAAAAGGUCUUGUAAUAAUAUACUAGUACUACAGAGAAAGCACUGAUCAAUAAUCAAUACUGAUCGGCUCUGAUAAUUCUUCUUCUCCUCGAGGAUUCUACACUGUACAGAUUACAAAACUUCUUAAGAAAAAGACUGAAAAGUGAGAAUGGAAUUGGUCUCGAAAGGAAAGUCCGCCUUAAAUCCCAAUGCCCCGCUCUUUAUUCCAGCUGCUCUUCGUCAAGUGGAGGACUUCUCACCAGAAUGGUGGCAAUCGGUGACGACCUCUACAUGGUUCCAUACAUACUGGCUCAGCCAGCAAGGCGAGAAUGAUGAUUAUCAUGGAUGUGAUGAAGAUGACUCGGAAGACAUUGUUAACUUGCUGCCUGAUACAAUUGAUCUUGGUACUGUGGAAGAAUUUCUUGAAAUGGAGACGCACUUUGAGCAAUUUAUACAAUCAUCUGAGGCAGAGGCAGAAGCAGAAAGGAAGUCAUCUCUGUCUGCUUCGAAAGAAACCCCUGGAAGUGGACAGGAAGUUGAUCCAGUGGAACUAAUGAAGAGUCUGGGCUUGUCAAAUUCUUUCAAGGAAAAAAGUCCCAGGUCCACAUUGCAAUCUGCAAAGUAUUGGGAGAAGCCGGCCAAGUCUGUGAGCCCGAAAUCUUGUAACCGUCGCAUCCAGCAGCCACGUUGAACUUUGGCUUCGUUUAAUGUUGGCAUCUUUUAGUUCCCUAAUUUGCAGUUUUUAAGGGCGAGUUCGAUGCUGUGUUAUAUCUUGUUCGUGUACCCUGCCUCAUAUUCUGGCAUCAUCUAUGACAGCUGAAAUGUACUAGAAUUUACAUGAAACGAAAUGGCAUGAUGUUAAGUUUGCCAUCCUGUUUCCUCAGUGUCAAGCCACCAGUAGUACCCGGGCUUGCAGCUCGCAAGCUCUCAACAGUGUCAACUUGUAAUCUAUGUUAGGUUGCUCAAUUGUUCUUGCAGUCAUUGAAAUUUGAAAUGUGUAUGAUGUAUCAAACUGAUUUCUGAAGUGGGGAUGUCACGUUUUCUCCA